UUGACAAUUAGAACGUGUACUGCGCAAGGCUGGCUGUUGGAUGGCGUUGGGUGAAGCCGAGCAAGCCAAACUUUCCGACUUGCCGCACGCGCACACACGACAUCUUCCACUUCCAUCUUCACAACAUGUGAACCGCUCAGGUCACCACAUCACCUCCAAAGACGUCCCAGCGAUCUCCACAAUAAACACCACAACAUCACCAUGACCCAACAACAACCCUCCACCACUACGCCCGCCCCCGACCUCCCCCCGCCCCAAACCUUCGACAUCCUCCCCACCAUCCACGAACUCCUCGCCCGAAUCGACCACGCCACCCCAACCAACAACAGCAACAACGCCAGUAAUGCAACCACCACCACCACGCCCACCACGCCCUCCGACCCCCUCGGCGCCCUCUACACCGACCUCACCCCGCUCGAACCCAAAGACCUGCCCAACGAGGUGCUGGUGGUGAAAGCGAAGAUCCGCGCGGCGCUGAAGCAGCUCGAGAAGUUGCCGGAUAUGGGGCGCGGGGUGGAGGAGCAGGUCGAGGAGAUUGCGGAGUUGGAGGCGAGGAUAAGGAGGCAGAGGGAGAUGGUGGGUGUGCUGGGCGGGCUUGCUGGGGGGGUGCAGUUGGGGAGGGGGUGA